AUGGCUGCAUAUGAAUCUCCUAGAGGCAAAGAUACUGAAGACAAGGAACAUGUGAAUUCUACUAUUGAGUUGAAGACAGGAGAGUUGUCUGAGAUAAGGAUUGUGCUGCUUGGGAAAACUGGGUCAGGGAAGAGUGCAACAGGAAACACCAUCCUGGGAGAAAAGUUGUGUCAAACUAGUCCCUUGUUUGCAUCUGAGACCAGAACCUGUGUGAAACAUUGUCGAGAAGUGAAAGGGAUUAAUGUCUCAGUUAUUGACACCCCGGGGCUGUUGGAUACUUCAAUGGGUGAAAAAGAACUAAAAACUGAAAUAGAGAAAUGUAUUAAGCUGUCAGUUCCUGGACCUCAUGUGUUCCUCCUGGUGAUCAGACUGGGGGUGAGAUUCACAGAGGAAGAGAAAAAUGCCGUGAAGUGGAUACAGAAGAACUUUGGUGAAGAUGCCUCACAUUACACAAUCAUGUUAUUCACUCAUGCUGAUGCACUGGAGGGAAAAACAGUUAAGGACUGCAUUGCGAGUAAUGAUGUGCUACGCAAAGUCUUGAGCGAGUCAGGGGACAGAUAUCACACUUUCAACAAUAAAGAGACAGAGAACUAUACUCAAGUCCCAGGGCUACUUGCAAAAAUAGGGAACAUGAUUGAGUUCAAUGGAGGAAAGUAUUACACUAAUGACAUGUACAAGGAGGCUCAGAAAAAGCUUAAAGAGGAAGAAGAGAGAAAAAGAAAAGAGGAGAAAGAGAGAAUGAAAAAAAGAGCUAAGGAGAAAAAGAAAGAAAAACGAGAGAACAUUGGAUUAGGUGCUGCAUCAGUCGCAAGCACAGUGGCCGUUAUAGCAGGAGCAGGACUAGCAGCUGCAGAAGCAGUGGUUAUAGGACCCAUAAUCAUCACUGUGGGCCUUAUAGCUGAGUCUGAGAAUUCUGAGAUAAGGAUUGUGCUGCUUGGGAAAAAUGGAUCAGGGAAGAGUGCAACAGGAAACACCAUCCUGGGAGAAGAACUGUUUAAAACAAGUCCCUUAUGUGCAUCCCAGACCAAAACCUGUGAGAAACAUUGUAGAGAAGUGGAUGGGAUUAAAGUCUCAGUGAUUGACACCCCGGGGCUGUUUGAUACUUCACUGACUGAAGAUCAACUGAAAACUGAAAUAGAGAAAUGUAUUGAGAUGUCAGUUCCUGGACCUCAUGUGUUUCUCCUGGUGAUCAGACUGGGGGUGAGAUUCACAGAGGAGGAGAGAAGUGUCAUGGAGUGGAUACAGAAGAACUUUGGUGAAGAUGCCUCACGUUACACAAUCAUUUUAUUCACUCACACUGAUUCAUUGCCAAAAAAUACAGUUAAGGAUUGCAUUGCAAGUAGUCCUGAACUGCAGAAGGUCAUAAACAGCUGUGGGAACAGAUCUCAUUCAUUCAAUAAUGAAAAUACAACAGAUCGUAGUCAGGUAUCACAUCUGGUACAUAAAAUUCGUUUCAUGGUGCAUAUGAAUGUAGGAGAUUGCUACACUAGUGAUGUAUAUGAAGAGGUUCAGAGAAGGAUUGAAGAAGAGAAGAGAAAAGAGGAGGAAGAGAGAAGAAGAGAGAAAGAAGAGAGAAAGAGAGAGAAGAAAGAGGUCAGACAACGAAAAAAAAGAAAAGAUGGACACAAUCGCUUUGGGUGUUGCAAUCUAAGCAGAAAGGAAAUCAAAAUGCUAAUAACAUGA